UCCAACACAUCACAUGUUAGAGAAUGACAUAUUGUUAGAUAAAUUCUCUAGUUCACAAUUCGUAUCAUAUUUAAUAUCCCACUGCAAGUAUGAAAACUUGUUUAUUAUCUCCCCACAGCAGAAAAAGGUCGAAAAUCUAGUUUUUGAAAUGUAGGUAGUUUAUAUGAGUUAAAGCAUUUUGUCAACAGACUUUUGAAGGUUAAUUAUUGUCCUAUAUACUUUUGAAAUAUUUAUUAGCCAAAAGGAUGGUUGCAUUAGUUCAUGCAAAACCUACUCCACUUUGGCACAUAAACUGGUCCAAGAUAAUGCUUAAAAGGCAAGUAAAGUUGAUUACCUUCUUAUACAAGCUUUCCCAUGCCAUGAGAGCAGCAACAACCCCCAUCACCAUGGAUGCUGCUGCUAAGAAACACUGUGAAAACAAAGACCUGAGCAUCGAUGGUAACGAGCAGUUUCAGUUGGAAAGCGAGCCAGUCUUACUCCCGGGCUUGCCAAACCAUCUAGCACGCCUUUGUCUUGCAGAUCUCCCACCUUCCCUCCUCUAUAGUGUAUGCAUUUCAUGGCGUCGCUUCAUCUAUUCUCCCAACUUCCCACCAUUCUACUCUCUUUAUGCUCUUCUAGCACCAACUGCCCCUGCACCCAACUGUGAAUGCCAAUUGCACUCGGCUACUUUCUCCUGCUUCGACCCCAUUGCAUGGAAGUGGAGAUCCCUUCCAAGCCCUCCUCCUCCGCCUCUCUGCAUGCUAAGCCGACACCCUUCUUACAUAUCAAGGAUUCUUCCAAUCCAAUCUAUCACGGCAUCAGGCCAUCUACUUCUCAUAGCUGCCAACACUCACAAUUUUCUCCCAGCUCUUACCUGUCCACUAGUAUUCGACCCUCUGUCCAGCAAGUGGAUCUUUGGACCUCCGUUUGCCUCACCUAGGCGAUGGUGUGUCACUGGCUCAAUAGAUAGCUCAGUCUACGUGGCUAGUGGUACAGGCGCACAGUACCAUAGAGAUGUAGCAAUAUCUCUUGAGAGAUGGGACAUGUCAAAGAAGGAAGCCAACUGGAUUUGGGAAACGAGAGCAGAGUUUAAAGAUGCAAAGUUUAGUAGAGAACCCAUUGAAGCAAUUGGGUAUAGAGGGAAACUCUGCAUGGUAAACAUAAAAGGGAAAGCACUGAAAGAAGGCGCUGUGUACAACAUUGUAAUGAAUCAAUGGGAGCAAAUGCCAAGGGGGAUGCUGGGGGGCUGGACUGGGCCAGCAACCAUAGACGAUGAAGUUAUGUAUGUGGUAGAUCAGGAAACUGGAUCCUUGAGCAAGUAUAAUCCAGAUAAUGAUUGCUGGGAGCAGUUCGUUGGGCCUUCGAACCACCUGAAAGGUGCUGAGCAUAUAUCUGCAGGUCGUGGAAAAGUAUGCGCUGUUUCAGCUGAUGGUGGCAAGAUUUUUGUGGUGGACAUUGCCGCAACUACAAGGCCUCCUAACUUUUGGAUAUUGGAGCCUCCGCAAGGUAUGGAAGUCAUUGCAGUCCACAUAUUACCAAGGAUGAGCCUACCAGAGCAUUGGUCCAUCUUGUAGUUGAAUUCUUCAAAACUCUGUAGCGAAUCUGAAACAGUUUCAGAUGAAAAUUGAACACAUGAAGCAAAAAGAGGAAAAUACAUUUUUUCACUUAACUUGUAAAAUGAACAUGAGGUCCUCCUCUUUGCUUACAUUAGUUUCAAACAUUUUCUCUCCA